AACGCAGUGCCAGGCGCCUGGACUGCCGUGUGCCCGCUGUCCUGUCCAGCUUUGGGAACCUGCGGGGGGACUGGGAGGCAUUCAGGCCCCACUCCUUUCCUUGCCAUGAAUUCGGCUCUCGCCCACCGAUCCCAGGUGCUGCAAGCGGGUCUCAGAGAUACAGAGUGUGCCCGGAGUCGAUGCUCAUUUUGCCUGCCCCCUCCCCACCAGGAGGGGCCCCCUCCGCCUCUGAGCUCUCGGGCUCGGGGCCAGAGCUGCCUCCAGGAGCCACCCAGGCGUCCCCCUCUCCUGUCGCACUGAGCCCUAGCCGAGCCUCUGGGUCCCGACAAAACCGUCCACGCACUGGCAGCUCUCGCUUCGGUCGCAGCCCCGCUCUGUGCCGCCGAAGCCCGGCAGAGUCGCCUCCCAGGGGCCAGGCCGGGACACGGUGCCACAGGCCUGGGAAUUGGGCCCUCAGAGACCUCGUCUGCCUCAUGUUGUAGAGAGGUCAAGCUCUGCCUUUGAGCCAGCUCCCAGCUUUAGAGGCCCAUGCCUGAGCCAGACGAGAGCGCCCAUGGCACGGGUGGCGCUGCCCGGGAUACAUGGCUCGAUCGUUUGGGGACAGGCUGUGCUGGAGGCCUGGCAGAAGAGGUCCCUGAGCACUGGAGAGACCGGGCGCAGGGGUGCGUGGCAGGCUGAGCACCAGGGGACGGAGCACCGUGCACUGCUACUGGUGCCCCUUCUAGCAACACGGCGCGCCGUGAGUCGGGGCAACGAGCCAUCGGGCCCGGCGGCCCAUCUCCGACAACAGCAGUGGGGGUGGACGCUCUGGUGGGGGAGCCCCGAGCUGGGUGUGGCGUGGGGGAUCUGCACCCCAUUCACUACCCGCUGUCGCAGAUUGCAAGAUGCCAGAGGACGCACGCACCCACAACUGCUGUGCUCAAUAGCGACCAACAGGUCGCCAACCCGGUGACUUUUGGCCUCGGCGGCCCUCUCUGCCUCUCCCGCCUCCUACGGGAAGGAGUUCCACGGGUCCAAAGUCGGCGUCCGGCACUUGCUUGCCCAGGCUCCCUUACGCUCCUGGCUCACUCGACCAAGUUGCCGGGAUCUGUGUCCACACCGUGCUGCUCAACUCGCACCCUGGAUGGCCCGGGCAGGUGACGCGCGCAGCACCGCCCCGAGCUCACAACACAUUCACAUGGCGAGGCACAGCUUUCCCUGGGACCUGCGUCUUCAGCAAUCCCUCGCGGUCCAGCGCCACCUCAUGCACCAGCCAACUCCAGGGGACAUCGCUCUUUGUGCUGCCGACGCUGGCACAAGCGUGCCGCUGUAUUGGCGUGUGCCAUUGCACCUCUGCCUGGCUGGGCAUUCGAGGAGUGUCCAGGUACCUGUGCGCUCAGCUGCUUGCCCUAGCAGGGAGGCAACUGCCUCACCUCUGCGACUCACAGGCUCGCGUGACACGUUCCUUGCUUCCACAAUCGUGCCCUGGCCACUGCGAAUCAAGCUACAUUGGGGUGGCAGGUCACGCAAGGACCCCUCGCUGCUGCCAUUAAGCCCUUGCUGCAGCCAGAGGAAGGACUGUAACCACGCGCCGCAUCUGUUGCAUCGCUUUACAGGCCAGCGAGGGCUGCGUAACCAGGAGCCUCGCCUGGCUGCUAAUGACGGGAGAGCUGCUGACCCCAGCACUCGGCAAGCUGAAACCUGUUUUGGCCAGACACGCUCUGUGAUCAGAUCUGCUUGGCGAAGCAGGGAGAGAUUGCUUUGCAGGAACCUCCGUUACACGGCGUGCCCUGAACUUUGGCCACUGACACGGGCACGACGCUACUUGUCUGCAGGACAAAACCGGCCCAAGAGCCAGCGCUGGGCAGGGCAGGGCCCGCCCUGCCCAAUGAGUUCACAAACUAAUCCUGGCAGCCCGCAGGGAACCCGGCGGACUACGUACUCUGGGAACACGAUAAGACACUUUAUCACCAGAGUCCACCUCCCUGCCAGCCGCCAGCCCAAUUCCGGUAGGCAGCUAGGCGGGGGGGACUGCACCGCACACCAGAAUCACCUCUCGCAGACCAGACAGAAAGGACAGAGAUCCCCACACACCGUUAAGAGUGCAUUUCUCACGGAGCAACCACUCCCUCUCUGACCUCACCAUCCUCAUGCUCAAGGGCAAUCGGCCCAACACCUUUAAAAGAUGGGCCUGGGAACAGACAUUCAAAAGCUGGCCGGACGCUAAGACGACGACGGUGUAGAUUUGCACUACCUACAUCUCUCUCUCUCUAACGGAGAUAUAGCUAUUCGAGAGAGAGAGAGGUUUGAGAUAUAUAUGGUGACAUCUAUGCAUGUGUGUGUGUGUACUUGACCGAUAUAUAUAUAUAUGCAUCACCUUA